AUGGAUGAGGUUGUAAGAUUUCCAAUUGAACAACUUUACAAGGUGGCAGGUCAAGGUAUGUUUAAUUCCUUAAUACUGUUUACAUUUUAAAAUGUGCUUUUCUUACUGAUAUAAUGAAAAAUAAAUAAAUAAACACUCCCCUUUAUCUUUAAUCAAUGCUUCCUUGUAAUAUUUGUAUCUAAAGGAUUGUAUCGAAGGCAAUAAUUUUUUGGUUUGAUAGAACUUAACUGUAAAUUUAUGCUUACUUGACAUUGUAUUAAUUUUAUUAUUUGACUUUGUUAGGUUAAAGGGACACUAUAGUCACCCAGACCACUUCAGCUCAAUUAAGUGGUCUGGGUGCAAUGUCCGUCAGGUUUUAACCCUUCAGAUGCAAACAUAGCAGUCUCAGAGAAAAUGCGCGCGCUGCACUUGCCGCUCAUGCGAAUCCAGCUCCAGUGACGUCGGACGGGGAGGAGAGGUCACCAGCGUUGAGGGAGCCCGGCGCUGGAUUAAGGUAAGUGGCUGAAGGGGUUUUAACCCCUUCAGCGCCACGGGAGGGGGACCCUGAGGGCGGGGGCACCCUCAGGGCACUAUAGUGUCAGGAAAACCACUUUGUUUUCCUGACACUAUAGUGAUCCUUUAAAUAAACAAUUCCUUUUAACGUUUACGGUUCAAAACAUGUCAAUGUUACAUUACUGCAUAUAUUCUUUAUCAUCUGACUCAAAAAAAUUGUAAAUAAAAAUGACAUAUUGCACAUUCUCCAGUAUUUCACAUUUAUUGUCUACCUAAAACUCACUCGGCAGGCAGAGAUUUAGAGGUUUGCAUAACACUUCAGGGCUGGUUUUGUUCACGUGCCGUUUUAAUAAAUUAACAGUUACGUGUUCUUUAAUUCUUUAAAAUGGUUACUUGCUAUAUAAAGCUACUGGGCUUGAUCAGUGUUACCAUGAGCUAUGUAGCAACCGAUUACCUCAGUAUCUGAUUAGAUCAGAUGAAUAUUUGAACUCUACCUGCCAGAAUCUCACCGUGCAUGAUAUGAUUUGUAGUCAAGCAGCGGCAGACAGCUUUUUUCACCCAAGUUGUUGAGAAACCGUUUUCAAAAACGUAUCUUGUUUUUAUUCUGUUUUUCUCUCUCUCCUUUCUGUUAAAAACAGAAACAAUUUAUGGUUUCUUUUUUUUUGUCAGGGAGUUAGAGUGUUAAUUUGCCAAAAAGUUGGUCCUUUCAAAUUUAAGACUGUUGGGAAUAAUACACUUUGCCUAUAUUGACCCAAGGCUCAAGCUACAGAUGACAGGAUGUUCAGUCUGUUUAAAAUUGGAAGAAUUAAAGUAAUGUGAACUAUUUAAUAAUAAUCCUCACUGAUAUUCAAAAUGUGGUACAAAAAUCCUCUCUUCCAUUUUAAUCCAGAUGAAAACCAGAUUAUAAAUAAAGAAAAAAACACUUUGGAUUACUUUGCUUUAUUUAUUAUUUUAUGGUGUGUCUUUUUCUCCGCAGGUCAAAUUACAGGAGAGUGUCUGAUUGAUCUUUCUGUUGGCCCGAAUAUUUAUCACCUGUUGCCAAUUUUUGAGCAUUUCAAAGACAUCACUAUUUUAGAAUUUAGUGAUCUCUGUGUGAAUGAACUAGUGAAAUGGAAGAAUAAGGAGUCCAAAAGCUAUGACUGGACUCACGCCUUUUCGAUUAUGGCAGAAUUGCAAGGUACAAGGUAAGGAUCAAGCCAAUGGCCAUGUUUUUUUUUUUUUUUUUUUAUGAAUGAGAUCCUUUUUUAUGUAUCUGUUGGGCAGAUUAAACAAAGCUUGUUCUAGGAUUAAUUUUACAGUAACUAUGUAAGUGUAGUUAUUAUACCAAGGAUAUAUUAACACUGACUGGGAUAGUUUUUACAUAAACUAUAACAUCACAUUGUAGUGGUUAUGGUGCUAUUCGUAAGACUAUUAAUUGAAAGAAAAAAUAAUAAUGUUAAUCUCCUCCUCAGCAAAUAAAUGUUAAAAGGUCUCACCUCUUGUAAUAUAUUUAUUUUUUUCAUUAUUAUUAUUUUUUUUUUUUUUAAGAAAACCUGGCGGAGUGCUUCCCUAAUUGCUCCAUGGAAGAGCCUUGAAUAUUAUUUUUUUUUAAAGUUAACAUAGUUUAGCAAAAUGACUUCAUACCAUGCAUUGCACGUCUAGUGUUUCAUGCCUUGACAUAGUAUUUAAAUGGACACUAUAGUCACCUGAACAACUUUAGCUUAAUGAAGCAGUUUUGGUGUAUAGAACAUGCCCCUGCAGCCUCACUGCUCAAUCCUCUGCCAUUUAGGAGUUAAAUCCCUUUGUUUAUGAACCUAGUCACACCUCCCUGCAUGUGACUUGCACAGCCUUCCAUAAACACUUCCUGUAAAGAGAGCCCUAUUUAGGCUUUCUUUAUUGCAAGUUCUGUUUAAUUAAGAUUUUCUUAUCUCCUGUUAUGUUAAUAGCUUGCUAGACCCUGCAAGAGCCUCCUGUAUGUGAUUAAAGUUCAAUUUAGAGAUUGAGAUACAGUUAUUUAAGGUAAAUUACAUCUGUUUGAAAGUGAAACCAGUUUUUUUUUCAUGCAGGCUCUGUCAAUCCUAGCCAUUGGAGGUGUGGCUAGGGCUGCAUAAACAGAAACAAAGUGAUUUAACUCCUAAAUGACAGUGAAUUGAGCAGUGAAAUUGCAGGAGAAUGAUCUAUACACUAAAACUGCUUUAUUAAGCUAAAGUAAUUUAGGUGACUAUAGUGUUCCUUUAAUAUAAGUUAUAUUUUACAUGGAAUUUCAAACAUUCCUUUUAGGUAUUGGUAAGGGAAUACUUUCAACAAUUUAGCAAAUUGUGUAACUGUAAUAGACAAUUCCAAAUGAGGACAAAAUGUUGUAGAUCACAUGCCGUAUUUGUAUCCAUUGUAUAUAUGUAUUAAAUAUUUUUCAGCUUCAAAGGGAAUGAAAUAGAAAAUGCUUUAAGAAGAAAAAUUUCAUGCAUUUUGAAAUGUGAUUUCACCAAGAAAAAUGUUACAGAUCCGGUUGUUUUACCAAAAGCUGACUGCGUGCUCAGUAUGUUUGUCUUGCAUGCGGUUUCUGAAGACCAUGACGAUUACGGCAGGAACCUGAAAACAAUUGCAUGCAUGCUAAAACUGGGUGGGCAUCUGCUGCUAUUUGGAGUAUUCAAUGCAAAAUUCUACUCUGUAGGCGAGAGCAAAUUUCACAUAUUACCAUCUGAUGAAGAGUCCAUAAAGAAGGAUCUGAGAGAAGCAGGAUUUGUUAUCGAGCACCUGGAGAUGGUAGAAAGCAAAAUACGCAAUGAGUCAACAUAUUGUGAACAUGUCUGGUUUAUUAAGGCCUUAAAAGUAAGCAAUGUAGUUGUAUAA